AUGGAACCGCUCCAAACACCUCCCGAAACCUCCUCCUUCGUCCUCCUCGCCGACCACCAGUCGCGCACCCCAACCUCCUUCCACUCCGGCCCCGCGGUCCUCCACUACCACAGCAAGCACUGCAAGCUAUCCAUCCUCGAACACGAGCUCCUCGCCACCCCAGUCCUUAACUCUCUCCAUAGCGCAGAGACAACACAAGCCCCAAACGGAACAACCACUGAGACCGAGCCUGAAGCCAAAGAAAUCGUCCUCGACGACCUAGACAUCUGGGUUACAUCCGAUAAAUUCCUCCUCUACAACCCAACUCUCUCAAAGGGCCUCUCAAUCCCCUACCCCAGCAUCUCCCUGCAUGCAAUCCAACGCCUCCGCCUCCCCUCCUCCCCAACCGAAAUCCAAGGCCUCUACAUGCAAAUCGCAACCCCCGCUGCCCCCGGCGCCGGGCCCCAAGAAGACGACUUUGAAGAAUGCAUCACAAUGACCGUUAUCCCUGCGCCCGGGGAACCGGACCAGGUAGCAGAGGACAAGGACGAAACGCCCACGCAGGCGCUGUAUAAUGCUGUUUCGGCGUGUUCGAAUCUGCACCCGGACCCUAUGAGCGAGAAUGAGGAUGAGGAGGGUGGGAGCUCGCUUUUGCAGUCUGGGCUUGUGGAGGCGGGGAGUGGGGAUGGGGGGUUGCCGCCGCCGGUGGAUGGGAGUUCGGGGUGGAUUACGGCGGAUAAUAUGCAUGAAUUUUUUGAUGAGGAGGGGAAUUGGAUUGGGGGUGGGGAGGAGCCGACGUUGUCGCUUGGGCCUGGGGCGGGCACUGUUAGGGGGAGAGAGGGGGAGGAUGGGGAUGGGGAUGUGGAGGUUCUGGGGGAUGAGGAGACGAAGUGGAGGAGGACGGAUUAG